AUGCAAAUAAAAAACAAGAAGGGAGAAGCAGCAGCUCGCACAAACCUAGGAGAGCUGUUUCAUUCACUCGGCGAAUAUCAGAAGACUAAAGAAUAUCUUGAGAAAACACUUGCCAUCUACAUGGAAAUUAGAGACAAGAAGGGAGAAGCAGCAGCUCGCACAAACCUAGGAGAGCUGUUUCAUUCACUCGGCGAAUAUCAGAAGACUAAAGAAUAUCUUGAGAAAACACUUGCCAUCUACAUGGAAAUUAGAGACAAGAAGGGAGAAGCAGACGCUCGCACAAACCUAGGAGCGGUGUUACAUUCACUUAGUGAAUAUCAGAAGGAUAAAGAAUAUGUUGAGAAAGCACUUGCCAUCUUUAUGGAAAUUAGAGACAAAAACGGAGAAGCAGUCGCUCGUACAAACCUAGGAAAUGUGUUACGUUCACUCGGUGAAAAUCAGAGGGCUAAAGAAUAUCACGAGAAAGCACUUGCCAUCUUCAUGGAAAUUAGAGACAAGAAGGGAGAAGCAGACGCUCGCACAAACCUAGGAAAGAAGGAGAAGGAGCAUUUCGAGAAAGCACUUGCCAUUAGAAUGGAAACUAGAGACAAAAAGGGAGAAGCAUUCGCUCGUGUAAACCUAGGAAUGGUGGUACAUUUACUUGGGGAAUAUCAGAUGGCGAAACAGCAUUUCGAGAAAGCACUUGCUAUUAGAAUGGAAACUAGAGACAAGAAAGGAGAAGCACUCGCUCGUUUAAACCUAGGAAUGGUGUUUCAUUCACUUGGUGAAGAUCAGAAGGCUAAACAGUAUCACGAGAAAGCACUUGCCAUUUACAUGGAAAUUAGUGACAGAGAGGGAAUAAUACAAUGCUUACUUAAACUCGGAAUUGUCUUUUAUUCGCUCCGUAAAUAUCGGGACGCUCACGAACAUGGGGAGAAAGCACUCUCUAUUGCUAUGGAAAUCGGUGACAGAGCGAAAGAAGCGGAGGCGUAUGGUAUCCUUGGAGACGUUCUUUAUUCCUUACAUGAUUAUCAGAUGGCCAAAAUCUAUAUCGAGAAGCAGAUUUCCAUCAGCACUGAGAUUGGUAACAGACCUCAAGAAGCAGAGGCAUACCGGGCAAAAGCACGUAUACUUCGACAUGGCAAACAAAACAAAGCUGUAGAAUGCAUUGAGAAAGCGCUCUUAAUAACUAGUGCUAUUGGUGACAUUAGAGGCGAUUUUGAAGCCUUAGCUGAACUCUCGUACAUUAAAAUUUUGCAAUCAAAGUUCCAGGAAGCGGAGUCUCAUCUUCAUGAAUGUAUUGCCAAAUAUGAAAAACUGCGACAUUCCCUGCACGGAAACGAGCAGUUUCAAAAAUCCUAA